AUGGAGAGGAAUACGUCAGUGACGUUUAACCAAUUGACGCAGAAUUUUAUUCAGAAGCUGAAGGAUGCAUUUCAAAUGAUUGAUGAUGAUGGUGACGGUUAUAUAAGUGAGGGCGAUCUGAAGAAGAUUUUACAGAGCAUAGGUAGGAAUCCAGCGGAAGAUGAACUAAAUGCUAUGUUGAGUAGGCCUAAUGGUAAGAGAGGAGUGAAUGGUAUUUCGUUUCCCGAAUAUCUUUCCUUAAUGGCAGACCUUACAGGAGAAUUUCCAGAGGAAGAGGAAUUGAUCGAGUGCUUCAAUAUUGUCUCGGAUGAAAACAAGACUAUAUUAGUGAAGGACCUAGUAGAAAGUCUGAAAGAAGCAGGAUUUGAGAAUCCAGAAGUUGAAUUUGCCAAGAUUUUGAAAAAUCAUAGUUCUAAUCAACAAUCCUCUGGGAAAAAAGUCUUCAAAAGUAAUCAAUUUUUAGAUACAAUAAUUGAUCAAUAA